GGUUUGUUUCUGCUCGUCUUUAUCGCUUUUUUGGUGGCCUACGCUGGAAGCUCAACGUCUUCCUCACAGCCACACUCUGUCCAGGCUUUGUGUUCGCCGUUUUCUUCAUCCUUAAUAUUGUACUCUGGGCCCUGGGCAGCUCUGCGGCGGUGCCUUUUGGUACCAUUGUUGCUCUACUUGCUAUGUGGUUUGGCGUCAGUCUGCCUCUUUCCUUUGUCGGAGCCCUGCUUGGUUUUAAACGCCCAGUAA